CAAUGGGAAGAGAUAGAUAUGGACAUUCUCUUUCAGUUGCAUUACCAAUUUCACCAGUGAAGAAACUAGAUAUAACAAAUGUGACAUUAAGAAAAUAUGAUCGUUAUACAGGGAAUACAGAAACUAUAGCAUGGGAAAAACAUUUGUUAUGCGAAAUAGGAGUAAGUGAUUGUUCCAUUGUUUAAGGAUGAAGAUUUGAACUUCAUAAAAGAUUUUUACUUAGAAGGGAAAUUAUACAACGAUGAUGAAUUUUACUUUAGGUACAUAGAUUCAAUCAGAAGUAAAUACUUAGCUGGUGCAAAAGAAGCUUAUGCAUUAGCCAAAGAUAUAUGUAAAUAAUUGGUUGCAGAAGAUCUAAUAAAAACUUAGAGAUUAAUUAAGAAUCGUAAAUAAGUGACUUAAAGAAUUAGAUAAACAUUAGGAACCUAUAAAUAAACAAAGAACGAAGAUAUUUUGAGAUGGGUAUUAAUUUGUAUUUACUUAAAUUAGAAAACUGGAAUAAAGAAGUUAUUUCAUGAAAUGAGAGAUGCAAUUUAGCAUAUUUUAGAUGCAGGUGGAGAGAAGGAAUUCUUUAGAUUAGAAGAAUUAAUAAAAUAGAAAUAACAUAUAACAGAGGAUUUUUUGAAGGGACUUCCAAAUAGGAACAUUUAAGAAAUUAAUAAAUAUUUAUAAUCAAUAAGAUUAUUUUUAUCAAAGAAAACAGAUGAAUAUUAAUAACAUAAAUUAGAACUUGGAGAUGAUUUUCAUUUUGAUGAAAAAACUAUUAGAGAAAUGUCUAGAUCUUCUUUGGAAGACACUGCCUCAUGUUAUUCAGACAAAUUAACUGAGAUUAGAGCCCAUUCUAAGAGAGAGAAAUAGAAGGAAGCUGAAAGGAAAAUAGAAAAAUUUUAUGAUCUAAAUUAAUUAAAAAAUAAAUGGAAGAAUACUAAUAUCGAUUAAUUAAAAGGAACAAUUAGAAGAGUGUUAGUGAAAGAAACAUUAUCUGAAGCAGAACAUAUUCGUGCAAGGGCUUAUAGAUUAGAAUAAGAAAAAAAAGGAAUUUAAAUUUUAAAGAUAGAAUAACCAAAGAAGAGUAAAUUAACAGCUUAACAAAGAAUAUAAGAUAGAAAGGAAAAAAAAGAUAAAAGAUCAGUAGCAGAAUAAUAAAAGAAGCAUACCUUAACUAGGGAAGAAAUGAAAACAGAAUAAUUGAAAUAAGAGUUUUUUACUAAGUAUAAUCCAAAAUCUAGUAUUGGAGAACAAUUUAGUGCUGCUGUUGGAUAUAAUAAUUUAUUUUGA